CUGGCGGGGGUGAAAAGAAACGAGAGAGAGAAAGAGCUGGUGCCGUAGCAGUACUGAACUAUUGCGAUGGCGACGCCCGAUCCCCGAUGUUGCUGUUAGUAGUAUAGUAGGAUAUAAUAGUAUCGCUGGUAUAUCAUCUAUGUGCUGAAGGAAGACCAGAAGAUGUGGCUUUGAUGGGUUCUGAUGAGUAUAUAAUAAGAAGGACUGUACUGAGGACGUGAGGACUGAUGUGAGUCGUUGAUGUUGAUGAUAUGUAGUAUGGAGUUGAUAUGAGCUCAUCUCUGUCAUGUAUGAUGGUAUAUAGUCUGUAAUCUUUUUUUACACGGUGACGAUGAUGACGAUAAAACUUGAGACAGAGACGUAGUAAACAAGUAAAGGGCAAUACAACAGCUAUUUGUAUGUGUGUAGAUAUGAAUGAAAGAAAAGGAUGUCACGGUGGACAAUGAUGAGUAAAAUCGAUGAGACACUUGAGCUUGCGUAGAAACUACCACCCACUUACUAAUAGACUUUUUUUUUGUACUUUUUCAUCUAUUCCUAAAAGCUUAUAGCUUGACAAGUUCAUCAAUAAUUACUCUAUCAAUACACUGAGUACCUGAAAGGCAUAAAAAUGCCUUCGGUUCGAAGAAUGAUUCUCGGACAUGUCAUGUCUGGGAUUUGUUCUAAAAUGAACCGGAUAAAGCGUCUUGAUGGUGAUGGAAUGGAGACACCGUUGAAGAGAUGCUUAACAACUUUCGAUAUGACGUUUUUGGGUGUCGGUCAUAUGAUGGGAGCUGGUAUUUAUGUGUUGACUGGUCAAGUAGCUCAUUCAAUAGCUGGACCAGCUAUAAUAAUAAGUUUCAUGUUGGCUGGACUAGCAUCCGCUUUUUCAGCAUACUGUUACGCUGAGUUUGGUGCUCGUGUUCCAAAAGCUGGCAGUGCUUACGUUUAUACUUACGUGACAUUAGGCGAGUUCUGGGCAUUUGUUAUCGGCUGGAAUAUUAUUUUAGAACAUAUGAUAGGGGCUGCUUCAGUAGCAAGAGCUUGGAGUGGAUAUGUAGAUUCAUUAGCAGGAGGAGCAUUAAGCAAUCUUACUAGUAAUCUUAUGGCUGGUCAUGAAAUGAGUGCAUCACUUGGACAUAUACCAGAUCCACUGGCUUGUAUACUUUGUCUUGUGUACGCUCUUCUUCUUGGAACUGGUGUUAAAAUUUCAUCAAGAUUAAAUUCAGUCCUUACACUCGUAAAUCUCGGCGUAAUCGGCUUAGUAGUUGGGCUCGGAUUUCAAUACGCGAGCUUGGGUAAUUGGACCGAUGAAAAGCAUUACGGAUUUAUGCCAUUUGGUAUCGCUGGUGUCAUGGCAGGUGCUGCGAAAUGUUUCUAUGCAUUCGUCGGUUUUGAUUCAAUCGCUAGCUGCGGUGAAGAAGCGCGGAACCCAAGCAAAAGUAUACCAAGAGCAACAACAUAUUCAAUGAUAAUAGUAGUAAUCGGGUACAUUCUUCUCAGCGGAAUGCUGACAUUAGUGGUACCAUACUGGGAAAUAAAUCCAACGGCAGCAUUAUCUGAAGCAUUCGCAUCGAAAGGCGUUACCUGGGCAAAGUAUGUCAUCAGCAUCGGAGCACUGUGCGGCAUGACAACAACUCUCUUUGGAUCAUUAUUUUCAUUACCAAGAAUAAUAUACGCUAUGGCUAGUGAUGGUUUACUCUUUUCAUUCCUGGGUCGUGUCAAUGAACGCACACAAUUGCCAAUUAUUAAUUUAGCCGUCAGUGGAGUUCUGUGUUCUAUAAUAGCUCUACUAUUUGACUUAGCACACCUUGUGGAAUUCAUGUCCAUCGGUACUUUUCUUGCUUAUACUAUUGUAUCAGCGAGUGUUAUUAUUUUACGAUACAGACCUAGUAAUGAGAUUCCGGAAUUUAUUCCAAGUACAAAGACACAUGAAGGUGAAUCAUCCAGCGAUACCAGUAGCACCAGUAGUCUAACUGAUUCAUCACCUGAUGAUUCUCAGCUAAUUGAAUGCCAAAAAGUAAAUCCUGUUGGUAGAUUAAAAAAACGUUAUGCUAAAUUAUCAAGUUUUAUUGGAAACUGGGAGCCUGGAACAGCUGUAAUUGCAGCGUUGAUACUCUACAUUGCUGGAUGCUGCUGUAUAUCAGUACUUUUACUCGGUCUUACUUCGCCAUUUGAUCAUGAACCGUCUUGGUGGAAUAGUUUACUUUACUUAUUCGUUUCAUUGAUUAUGGUCGCCUGUUUACUCGUAAUUGGAGCACACGAGCAAUGCCCAGCUAUUGAUGAUAAAUUCCGAGUACUUUUUGUACCAGUCGUACCUGCAAUAAGUAUUUAUAUUAAUAUUCUUCUUAUGAGUCAUUUACAAAUACUGACGUGGCUGCGUUUCCUUGUAUGGAUGUUUAUUGGAAUUCUUAUUUACUUCCUCUAUGGAAUUCAUCAUAGCAAAGAAGCAUCAGGUCCUAAUUCAUAUUCCGUUCUCAUGACAAGAUUUGAAGAAGAACAAGCUCAAGCACGCAGCAAAGUUAAUUCUGGUUUAAGAUUUAAAACAAAUCGUUUAUCUCAGUCUAAAAAAAAUCCUGAUAAACAACCCAUUCUCAAUGCCGAUUCAUAUCGUUAAACUGACCUAGUAAUAUUUAUUUAACCAGGUUACCCCUCUUUACAUUUCAACCAAAAACAUCUCAGUCAAAAUGUAUCAGGUGAAAUAUCUGUCACUAAUAUCUCAAGAGUAAUCAAUGUAAAAAUAGUAGGGAAUUGCGAAUCGGGUUCGAAUCGAAUAAUUUAAAACUUUUCAUUAAUUUGAAUAUUUUCGAAUCAAUCGUAACUUUUCUAAUUAUUCAUCAAUUUUAUAAUUAUCCGAAAGUUUUUGAAUUCCUUGUAACUUGUAAAAUUACUCGAUUCAAAUCGAGAAAAUUCUAAUUAGCUUUUAAGUAUUCAGUUUUUAUUUAAUGGACAAUUUAAUUGUUAAAGUAAUCAAACCUGAUUAACAAAAAUGAUUUACUCCAUACUAAGUGUAUAUCUACAUAUUAGGUGAUUCAAAUUAUUUUAAAUCAUUUUGAAUUAUUUCAAAUAAUUUUUCUUAAUUAGGGAAUCAUUUUGUCACAGAGUCAUGUUUGAGCUCUAUUUAUCUCUAAUUGAAAUUUGAAUUAUUAGAAAAACUAUUACAAUUUUAAGUCGUUUAAAAGAAAAUUUUCAAAUUAUUCGUAAAUAUGCGAAUAACUCAAUAAUUUACGAAUAAUGAGUUUGAGUUCAAACUAUUCGUACACUCCCAAAAAAUAGAUUUUUUUGUCCAAGACGUAAUUUUUGAGAUAAAAUGAGGGGAAGCCAUUUGAAAUCAUUAUUAUUAUUAUUAUUAUUAAUGUAUUAUCAAUUAUCAUAAUCAUAAAGCACAUGCUGGUACAUUGUGAAGACUGGUUUAUUUUUA